CAAAUCCUUCAGAACAUCUGGAUCUUUAAAAAUUAAUCAAAGACUUCAAACUGGAGAGAAACCAUACAGCUGUGACCAAUGUGAGAAAACAUUUUUGCGCUGCAGUGCCCUCAAAGCCCAUCAACGCAUUCACACUGAAGGGGAACUGUCCAGUUUUUUCCAAAGUGGGAAGGAUUUCACAGAGUCAGGGACCUCAAAAAAACAAGACAUUGACACAGCAGAGAAACUGUUUAGCUGUGAUCAAUGUGAGAAAGCUUUCACCACUCUACGUAGCUUAAAAAGUCACCAGCGUGUUCACACUGCAGAGAAGUCGCACUGCUGUGACCAAUGUGGGAAAACUUUUUCGCAACGCAUGUCCCUUGAAACUCACCAAAGAAUUCACACAGGAGAGAAACCGUACAGCUGUGAUCAAUGUGGCAAAGCUUUCUCUCUUUCAUAUUACUUGAAAGCCCAUCAACUCAUUCAUACAGGAGAGAAACCGUACAGCUGUGAUCAAUGUGGCAAAGCUUUCAAAUGGUUAAGUAACCUGAAAACACAUCAACGCAGUCACACAGAAGAGAAACCGUACAGCUGUGAUCAAUGUGGCAAAGCUUUCACACAGUCACAUAACUUGAAAGCCCAUCAAUGCAGUCACACAGGAGAGAUACCAUACAGCUGUGAUAAGUGUGGCAAAGCUUUCACACAGUUCAGUAACUUGAAAUCUCAUCAAUGUAGUCACACAGAAGAGAAGCCAUACGUGUGCGACAAUUGUGGGAAAAAGUUUUCCCAAACCAGAGUCUUAAUAACUCAUAAACUUAUUCACACAGGAGUGAAACGAUACAGAUGUGAUCAAUGUGGCAAAGGCUUUGCACGGUCAGGGGUCUUAAAAAACCACCAACGUAUUCACACAGGAGAGAAACCGUACUGCUGUGAUGAAUGUGGCAAAGCCUUUGCACUGUCAGGAGCCUUAAAAAGCCACCAACGUAUUCACACAGGAGAGAAACCGUACUGGUGUGACCAAUGUGGCAAAGCCUUUGCACUGUCAGGAGCCUUAAAAAGCCACCAAUGUAUUCACACAGGAGAGAAACCGUACUGGUGUGACCAAUGUGGAAGAUUAUUUGCCCGGUGCAGUCAAUUGAGAACCCACCAAUGCCGGCAUGCAGGAGAGAACCCGUACAGCUGUGACUAGUGUGAGAAAGCUUUUAUUGAACGGUAUGACCUAAAAAUCCACCAACAUGUUCACACCAGAGAGAACCCGUCCUGAUGUGACCAAUGUUGGUAGUGACAUUAAAGCCCACAAAUGUGUUUACCCUGCAUUGUUUUGGACAUUUUCAGGGCCAGGCAAACAUCUUCCUACUGCUGACUAACAGUGAGUCUGUUGAGUCACUGUUAGUCUGGCCCCUCCCCUUGGACCACUUUGCCUCUCAAGACCUGACCAGGAGCAAUGGCUGGGACACCACAGCUCCCAGUAUUAUAGGGACAUGAAAACCCCUCCACAAUGUUCAGGUUUCCAUCUCAGACUGUUUGCUCCUGUUGAUGACAUCAGGACACCAAAGUCUUCUGAGCUCUGAGCAUCAUCAACAACUUAAAUACCAGAUUAAUAUGAUGUAUGUUAUCAUGUGUAACAUAUUUGAUGUCUUAUCCAGUGUCUUGCAUGUGUCCUGUGUUUGUCCACAUGUAGAAGACAGCUGAGUUUUUCUUCCUGAGCUCCACCUGUAUAAAGACGGAGGCUUAGCAGGGUGGAGCUCUUCUUCUUUUUGACUCUUGUUGGAGGUACAGAGACAGAAGUUGAGUUGAAGCCUGUUUGUUUUUGUGUGGAGGAUUGUAAUGUCCAUAUCAUCAGAUGAGUUCAGCCUUUAAUAAAAAUAGUUUGUAGACUCUGCAGUGGGAUUAAAGUUCCUGGUGUUGGUCUUUGCUCCUGUCACAGUCUCACUACUAAAGCUCAGACGCUCCUCAGGAUCAGCUCCACAUUUUUACUCUCACUCUGUGAUGGUGAGUUGAGUUGGAGUUGUUAUUAAAGUGAUGCUGCCUCAUUAAACCAGGCGAGGUCCUUGAACACAGUCUCCAUCAGACUCUGUGAUAAUCUGCAGCACAUCCAUGCUAUAGUUUAUUCAGCCGUCAGCAGAAAGAAGAAAGAAGUGAUACGACCACACUGGUUAUCUCCACUCAGUCUCAUGGUUCUGAAGCUUCAGGCUCUAACUUCAUGUUUCGGUGUGUAUGUAGAAAACUGAGUAACAACGUAGGAAAGGAUGACUCGCACACAGAACAAACACAGAUUUAGACUGAAGUCUGGAUUUUUAGAAAUCUCAGUUGCAGGGCUGCAUAGACUGUGAAGACAUGUAAAUGUUUCAGACCAAGUUGGACUUUAAAGAUUCUGCACUGAGGAAAGUCCAACAACAACAGCAAACAGGAAGCUGCUGCUGACAUUGGGUGAAAGUGAAACCAAGAAGACGCUGCUGGGUCUGCAGACAAAACAAUAGCAGCAGAGAAGCAAAGAAUACAUGCACUAGAUGUGUUCAGGACAACAGAAUGUUGUUUGCACAGACAGUUUGACUCUUGAAAUACAAAUCGGUAUGAUGAAGACUGGAGAAACUUUCCUUUUUUUGUAUCGAUCCUGUUGAUGCUAGGAUCAAUCUCCAAAAUUAAAAUGUAGUAUGGAGAGAAUCAAUAUUUUUGGGAUCGAUCCGCCCACUCCUACUGGCAACUGUUUUAAAUUAUGGAGAAAAAACGGCAAACUUAUUUCAGCCGUAACACGGUGAUCCGACAUGUCUGAUGUUUCUGCUGUGAUUAUUUUAUGUUCUUUGUUGCUCUUAUCUUUGAUAAACUUAAUCUACAGACACAGAAGUUGAACACUGGACUGUUGUGGACGGGGCCGCAGCAAAACAGAUUUUGGCCACCUGAAAAACUCUAUCAGUGUAAGUGUAUGCUAUGUUUGUAUAUUUGCUCAGCUGUACCUCACACACUCACUAAAUGAGGCAGCAACUCUGUGCUCUGCUACAUAAAAUGAGUCUGGUGACUUUGAUUUAACAGCUUCAGAUAUCCAUCGGAAAAGACUGUCUGACUGCAAGGUAAAGAUUCAAGAUUAAAGGUAAACUGUAUCGUUCCACAAAGUAGGAAAUUUAUCUUGGGCUCUUCACACAUGCUGCAGCCAUAAAAAUACAAGAUAAACUAAGCACAAAAAGUAAAGCAGUAAAUUUUGGAAACCGUUGAAAAGCCUGUUUAUUUCCCUUUUAAAUGGUGCCACUUUUGUAAGGA